UUUUCUGAAAAAAAACUCCGAAAGCUCUUUUGUACCAGUGCUUUUGUAUCGCGACUUUGUUGGUUUGCUGCUGGUGAUUUUGUAUCAAGGCGGUACCCGUUCUUCUUCUUCGGUGCUGUAUUUGAUUUUGCUUUGGCUUUGUGGUAAGAAAUGGCUCCAAAAAAGACUGUUUCGUCUGUCCGGGUCAGCGAGGCUAGCGAAAAGGCGAUAGACAAAUUAAAUGCGAAGGAGUUCCGGGAGCGAUUCCUGAUCCCCCAUGACGUGUUGAUAGACCUGGUGAACGAGGAGGCGGCUAUGCCUACUGAGAAAGGUGGAAAAAACGCUAUCCUCUUCACAAAGGAACAAUUCAACGCGGGGCUCCGGUUCCCUCUGCCGGCGUUGUUCAAGGAAUUCCUCCACUUCUCUCAAAUUCCCCCUAUCUUUAUUCACCCCAACCUUGUCCGGGUGCUGAUGGGAUGCAGCAUCAUCAACAUGCUGUACAGCCUCGACCUGACGCUACUGGAAGUGUUCUUUGUCUAUUCCCUGAAGAAAGCAAAGAAUGAUAUCUUCAGUGUGUCCGCUCACCUGCCCUCCCUUCAAAUGGUGACAGAACUGCCAGAUUCGACAAAGGGAGGGGCGAAGGGGCUGGUGGCAGUCUGGGGUGGAUGGGCGGGGCUAUCGCAGCAUCCGUCGAGGCCUUUUUCUCCGAAUUAUACCCUAAAAAUUCCGGGUUUGGAAUUGAGGGGCCACCUUGUGGAUUGGGUGGAAAAGGCAUCCUUUGCCUGUGUCUGCAAAUUAUUUGAAAUAGAUCCCAAGGAGAGGGCCUACAAAACAUUGCUCUCGGCGCGGAAUUUGACAGAGGUCGUCCGGGAGCCCCAGGAAUAUGUUAUCAACAUCCUUCCUAGGAAAUUGGCAAAGGAUGAGAUAGUGCCUGGGGAGCAUUAUACAGUGAAAGAGCUCCCCCUCUAUCAGGAAGCUAAAGAAGCUGACGCUGAAAGGCGGCGAAAGCUCCUGGAGGAUAGAGAUCAGAAAAAGACUGAAGGCACUAUCCGGAAGGCUCCCGGACAGAAGCGGGGUCCGGACUCCCCUCCGAAGAAAACUUCAGGAAAAAGGGGGAAGCUGGUGAAGAAGCAUGGGAAGGAUGCGAAGGAACCCACUCCUCCCAAGGAGUUUCCUCCUCCACAAACUACCUAUGAGGGGGAAGUAAUGAUAGAGGAGCCAGUAAAUGCUGCUCCGCACUCUAUCUCAAGCGGCCCCGGGCGCAUGUCGGGGUUGAAUCACUCAGGUCCCUCCUUAGUCGCGGCUGCGCGUCUAGCCAACGUGGCUGAGGAAGCUGCAUCUAUCAACCAUCCGGGCAACCUCAAUCCGGAUGCAGCUGAAACGGCCCCGUUGGAGGAAGCGGGGGCAGAAAGCCAAAGUCAGCCUUCCGACGACCCGGAUCGCCUGGCUAUAGUCCUGGUGAAAGGGCCUCCCCUCAAGAAGCCGCGUUUGACGCGCGAUCUACAGUCCGGACUCUUUGAGCGGCUUCAAGAGCGGCAGCAAGAGAUUGAAAUUAGCUGCGCUUCUGCUCAUGACGCUCAUCCGGAUGGAGGCGAGGUGGAGAUGGCUACUGAGACCUCAGCCGUUCCGGCAAUAAUUCCGGCUGAGGAUGCAUCCGGACCUAUGUGCCCGGACGAAAAUAUGGGGGCUCCGAUUCCGGGACACGAGCUACCCUCUCCUUCCUCAUCCGAGGAGGAAUCUGCUGAUGAUGCCGCUCCCGCUAGCCCUUUCAGCUACGCGGAGUUGGAAGCUAAGUUAAAGCAGAUUACUCCUGACUGGAAAGCCAUCAAGCCCUCUGCUAAGAUGUUUGAUAUGAUAGAAACGCUGGUGAGGGGCCUCCGCAGCAUGUCUCAACAACACGCUCUUUUUACUCAGCUGCUGCAGACCGCAGACUAUAUGAAGACCUUCUCCUCUCGGCACCAAGAGAUUGAAAAUCAACUGCGUCUGAGAAUGGAGGAGGCUGAGGCCAGUCUAUCCACCAUGCGAGAGGAAAAUGAAGCCCUCCGGGUGGAGUUGGCUGAGGCAAAGGGUCAAGAAGAAUCAACUGCGGGCCGCCUUCAUGAGGCGGAGGGUGAGGUAGCCCGGCUAAGGGAUGAAUUGAGUCGACUCCGGACAGAAGUUUUGAAUGAAAAGAAGCAGAAGGAAGACUUGCAGCUGCGUCUGGAUGUGCAAAAAGAGGAACUUGAACGGGAGUUUGCUGUGGAAAGGGAGGAACUUGCAGCGGAUUACCAGAGACAAGUGGAUGAUACAUUUAUCUUUGGGUAUCGCUGCUGCAUGAAGAAGAACGGUAUAAAGCGAGAUACCCCUUCAAUUCCUCCAAGUGAAGAAAAGAAGCUCCAUGAGAAACCUGCUCCCUGAUAGUUUAUCUCUUCUUGCAAUUUUUCUGCUGUAAUUUUUCCUUCUGUAUAUUUUUGUGGUCCGGAUGUCUCUUUGUAAUUUACAUUUACUCAUAUCAAUAAAACUUACUUCUUUCUCA